GGAUGAAGUAGCUUCCGGGCGACAGGGUACCAGCAGUAAACAUGGCGGAGGAACUGCUGGAAACAGUGGAUAGACUUCAGUCGCGGCUCCUGGAGAAUCCGGAGCCCCGAAAGCUGCUAAAGACUUUCAAAAGACUGGGGGAACUUCCCAUGACUGUGGACAUACUGGUGGAAACUGGAGUGGGGAAGACUGUGAAUUCUUUUAGGAAACAUGAAGUAGCUGGAGAAGUGGCAAAAAGCCUCGUAGCCAAAUGGAAGAAACUGGUUCCUCAAUCUGCAGAGAGACCCGCCAACAGCCACGUCAAAGAGGCAUCGCGGUCACACACACACUCUCGAGCUCCAGAGGCAGGUAGUGGAGGAGGCCACAGACGCGCCCGGGAGCCCUCCCCUGAGGAAGAGCCCUCCUACAUGGAAGAGGAGGACGAGGAGGAGGAGGGAGAGAGAGGCUAUCACACAAAUUACUCGCUGUCACCUCCUCAACACGAGCAGUACAGCCCUCCACAGCGAGGAGGCUACCAGUCGGAUGAGUACGAAAGCCCAGAGCCUGAACCCGAACCCGAACCCGAGCCUGAACCUAGUCCCCCUCCUCCGCGCAAAGAGGUCCGCCACCCCAAACCAAACAAAGAACCCAACAAAAACCACCAUCAUGGUUCCCAUGGCGACAGAAACAGGGACAGAGAUGAGGAGCGGCGGCAACGCCAUGCACAGAUGAGCAGCGAUCGAGGAGGAGGAGGAGGAGGAGGAGGCAGUGAAGGGAAGAAACGUAGCACAGACAGAGAGAGACAGCAGAGUCCAGUACAAAAGUCUGCAAAGCACAGCAGGAAGUCCACCACGCAUGAGAGUAAGAGGGGAGAGAAGAAGAAAGGAGGCGAUGACGGGCGACCACGGGUGCCAAAGGACUCUCCAUCCAAGGAGGAGGAAGAAGACUUCGAGACUCCCACCAUGUCCUUUGAGUCUUUUCUCACAUAUGACGCCCCAUCGUCUGUCAAGAAGAAGAAGAGGCCGUCAUCGUCAUCCUCGUCACACAGUCGACCUUCUCACUCUUCAUCCUCCAUGUCGUCCUCCCAUCACACACGAACCCCUCCGCCUGCGCCCUCCUCUUCUUCCUCAUCCUCCUCCAAAGUGAGCAAAGCUAACGGGACUCAGAGCACCAAGAGGCCACAUUCAGGCUCCAGUUCAGCUGCAGCGACGCCGGAAAAACGCAAGAGGGUGGUUGAGGCCAGUCCAACUCUUCCUGAAAUCCCCCUGCCAGCGAUUCAGCCCAAUUACAGACCUCUGCCCUCCAUCGACGUCACACCGCUGUCCCCUCAGAGACGGAAAGUUCCUGUCUGCAACGACGAGGAGGAUGCCGGGUUCACAGGGAAGCGAUUCAACUCUAAGAUGGUGGUCUACUCAGGAUCCAAGACCUCGUACUUGCCCAGGAUGAUGACUUUGUAUGAGCAGUGCAUCCGUGUGCUGCAGAACAACAUCGACUCCAUCGCUGAGGUGGGCGGAGUGCCGUUUGAGAUCCUGGAACCGGUGCUAGAGCGAUGUACGCCAGAGCAGCUGUACCGCAUCGAGCAGAGCAACCAGUGGUUUACGGAGGAGUCUGACGAGCUGUGGAUGCGUCACUGUCAGCGGGACUUCAAGCGCGAGUCUCCUCAGGAGUACGAGUCGUGGAGGGAGAUGUACCUGAGGCUGCACGACGAGCGAGAGGAGCGACUGAGGAUGCUCACCCAGAACAUCUCCUCGGCACACGCCAACAAGCCCAAAGGGCGGCAGGUUAAGAUGGCGUUUGUGAAUUCUGUCGCCAAACCACCGCGUGAUGUCCGCCGCCGACAGGAGAAGUUCGGCACCAUCGGUGGAUCGUCCACAGCUGCCUCCACCGCAGCUGCAGCUCCCAUCAAAAUAAGGCCGGCUACCAUGGACUUUGCUGGUGAAUCAAGCCGCUCCUUUUCCUCCCAACAUAACCCUUCUCCCAGCUCGUCUCGCUCCUUAGCACCAGGUGGGGGAGGAGGAGGAGGAUUAGGUGGAGGAGGAGGAGGACCAGCCGCCCGGGACAAGCCACAGGUCAAAAAAAUCGCCCCCAUGAUGGCCAAAACUAUCAAAGCUUUCAAGAACAGAUUCUCCCGCCGAUAGUGUGAAAGAGACUGAAUGUAUUUUAUGAAUUCCAGCUGUGUUUUUAAUUUAAGAUUAGAAAAAAAAUACUGUACAACCCUUCAUCCCUGCGCGCGCACACACACACACACACACGCACACACACAUUAUCUCAACCCACCAAACAUAUCAAAUUAACUUUUCAGUAUUGGUGAAAUUUUUUGUUUUUGUUUUAUUUUUUUAAUUUAUUUAAAUAGUGGCAUCUGUUUUUGGGGUCAUGAAAUAAGUAUUUAAGUCAUAUAUGACAGAUUAAAUUAAGCCAGCAAAACACACACACACACACACACACACACACACACACACACACACACACACACACACACACACACAGUCUGUUACUUUUUCUUGUUUUGGAGCAGGUAUUUUAAAAGGAAAAGCUUGACCUUAUGGGAAAUGUGCGUAUUUGCUUUCUUAAUGGGAGCUGCAUAAACAACUGACACCGCUCUCUUGUCCGUGCACUACAUGAAGCUACACUCAGCCGCCGGUUGGCUUAGUUAUGGCCAAGAAAACCACAGAAUUGUCAUUUUUACAUGCUUUUUGUACAGUUACACAAAUGAGACAACGCAGAGGUAAUGAAUGAGCUUUAGAAUUGCUAGUAUCCAGAUUUUGCUACCAGGCUAGCAGUUUCCCUCAGUUUCCAGUCUUUGUGCUAAACUAAGCUAACCGGUUACUGUCUGUAGCUUCAUGAUAAUUGUACAGGCAUGAGUGGUAUCAAUCUUCUCAAUCAAAAUUCUUUUUUUUUUCCCCUAAAAUAUCGAAUUUAUCCUUCAUGGAACAGAAUACAUACAUGUUCUUUGAAUUUAAAGAAUGCUUGUGUGUUUCUUUCCAUUCCGAUCAAAUGAUACACUACAUGAGGAAGACCUUGACACACUCUUGUUUUAUCUUUUAAUGGGAUGCAUGGUGCACCUCAGCCGAGGUAUGAAGACUCCACCAGAGAUGUGGACUGACUGGUUAAGGACUCUGCUUUUAACAAACAAACACAUGCAUAUUGAAACAUGUUUUGAGAUAUCCGUGAACUACACACAUGCAAUGUAGACUAAUUCCAACCCUCCUGUGGCUUCAGAACAUGUUUUCCUGCUGUUGAAUGUGUGUGUCCCUGUUUAUAUCUGCUUCACUGUGACAAAUCAAGAGACUGCGGCAAGAGAAGAAGAACAGCAACAAGGAAUAAUAACAAUAAGGAAGGAAGUUGAUUGAACGUCUGCAGCUUCAGUCUACAACAAUAUGUAUUUAUUUUCAACACUGGGACCUGGCACCCCACAUCAUGGGCCUGAAAGGAAGUAGGUUUAAAAUUGUAAUUUUAUUAGAUUUUAAUAAAUGUUAUAUGGUCAUUUUUAUUAAAAUUGACUUUUUGCCCUUAAAUCUUCCGUGGUGUUUGUGUGGUGGUGUUUAUCCAUCAAGUAUCAGUUUCUCUCUAAAUGACAUUCAAAAAGCCCACAGAGGAGGACGUAAACUAACAUGGAACAACUCUCACUC